AUGGUGAUCCUGGUCAGGCUACUGCGCCUUGUAGCCCUUCCGUCCUUCUUGGCCCCUCUGAGUCGCGUCGCUGCUUUGGUGCUCCAUCAGGACGGCAAAGCAGAGGAUGCCCCUGGUAACUUCAAGCCCAUCGCCUUGGUGCUUCAUCAGGACGGGAAAGUAGAUAAUGGCCCGGAAUAUUUCGAGUCCGUCACCAGUCCAAGCAACGAUUAUGUCGAGCCAGCCACCGAUGAAGACCCGGGCUAUAUCGAGCUCAUGACCGAUAUAGUCCCGGACUAUGUCGAGUCCAUCAUAGAUGAAGGUUCGGACUACCUAGAGCCUAUUAUCGGUCCAAGCCUAGACUAUACCGUGCCCGUUCCUGGUAUAGCCUUGGAGAGAUGGAGGAAGUCGUCCCAUAAGGAGUCCUCUACACACGUUGUAGAGCAUUACAACGUUAUCUUCCUGGACUCGACAAGCCGUGGAAGUGGGCGCUCCCGAUCACGAGCGCGAGGACGAGCGCGAGUACGUGAACGUGGUCGAGGUCGAGGACGUGGCCAAGUACAGGAACAGGCAUCAACGGCACCGAUAUUGGAAACACCCGGAGAAAUCACGAAAAGUCUUCCGAAAAAGGCGACGCCAUACGGUAGCAAGAUCGUCGAAGCCCCAUACGCAGAGGGGCCUUAUGCACCUCCUGGGCCACAAGGCCCCCAAGGUGUCAGAGGCAAUCAGGGACCAAUCGGACCUCAGGGACCUUUUGGGCCGGUUGGUCCUCAAGGCCCAAAAGGAAACUCCGGUUCGCAGGGCGUCAAAGGUGACAUCGGCACCCAAGGCCCCAAGGGAGACAUCGGACUGCAAGGCCAGGCUGGGAUUACAGGUCAGCAAGGCCUCAAGGGCGACACAGGCUCCCAGGGCCCAAAAGGCGAUGCUGGAGCGCAGGGCCCCAAGGGAAAUGUCGGAAGUCAAGGUGUCAAGGGCGAUACCGGUGCCCAGGGCCCCAAAGGCGAGAUUGGAGGCAUAGGUGGCCAGGGACCAAUUGGCCUCACGGGUAGUACUGGUCCUCAGGGUGCUCCAGGCGCCCAGGGAUUGACAGGUCCGAAGGGCGACGCCGGUUCACAGGGCCCUCAAGGUCUUCAAGGAACAACUGGUGUGAAAGGUGACACUGGUUCUCAAGGCCCCAAGGGUGACACUGGCGCACAGGGUCUUCAAGGUCUUCAAGGCGCGAAUGGUGUCAAAGGUGAUACUGGUGCUUCUGGUCCUACAGGCCUAACCGGUCCCCAAGGCCCCAAAGGCAACACUGGUUCAAUCGGGCCCCAGGGUCUCCAAGGAGCGAAUGGUGACAAGGGAGAAGUCGGCCCAGCAGGUCCAAUUGGUCUUACUGGUUCACAAGGUCCCAAAGGCGACGUCGGUCUCCAAGGUCCAAAGGGUGAUACUGGCUUGACCGGACAGCAGGGUCCUCAAGGCCUCAAUGGUGUAAAAGGCGACACUGGCCUGCAAGGGCCUCAAGGACCAAAAGGAGACACUGGUGAAAAAGGAGAGGUUGGCUCUCCCGGAUCUCAAGGACCUCAAGGACUCCAGGGGCUCAACGGUGUGAAGGGCGACAUUGGCCUUCAAGGACCACAAGGAACCAAGGGCGACAUAGGACUUCAAGGCCCCAAAGGCGAUAACGGCACUCAAGGUCCCAAAGGCGAGACAGGUUCUCAAGGCCCUAAAGGCGGCACUGGAGCUCAAGGUCCAAAGGGUGAUGCUGGUGCCCAGGGCCCAAAAGGAGACACAGGCGGUAUAGGUGGUGCAGGGCCUCAGGGACCCCAAGGACCCCAAGGAACAAAAGGUGACCCAGGUGUUGCAGGACCUCAAGGCCUUCAAGGACCUCAGGGGCUCACUGGAACAAAGGGUGACUCUGGCCCCCAAGGUAUUCAGGGAGCGACAGGCGAUGUCGGACCACAAGGCCCUAAAGGAGAAACCGGUUCACAAGGUCCCAAAGGUGACGCUGGCUCUCAAGGUGUCCAAGGUCUACAGGGGCUGCCAGGGUCCCAAGGUCCGACUGGACCCAAGGGAGAUACUGGAGCUCAAGGCAUUGCAGGGCCUCAAGGCCCUCAAGGCUUAACAGGAGCAACCGGCGGAAAGGGUGAUACUGGUUCACAAGGCCUUCAGGGUGUCAAAGGAGAUCCUGGCCCCCAAGGCCCGAAAGGUGACAUUGGGUUUGAAGGACCUCAAGGGCCCCAGGGACCAAUAGGACUAAAGGGUGACACUGGUGGACAGGGACCAAAAGGCGACAUUGGCUUUCAAGGGCCCCAAGGUCCUGAAGGACCACGAGGCCCUCAAGGUUUUCAAGGCAGCCAGGGGCUCCAAGGUCUUCAAGGAGAGAAGGGCGACACUGGCGCUAUCGGCCUUCAAGGACCUCAAGGUCUUGCUGGACCACAGGGAAUACAGGGAGAUACCGGCGAGAAAGGUGACAUUGGCUCACAGGGACCCAAAGGUGACACUGGUGCUCAAGGCCCUCAAGGGCUCCAGGGAAUCACUGGUCAAAAGGGAGAUGUUGGUUUACAAGGCCCCAAAGGAGACACUGGCUCUCAAGGCUCUCAAGGAGUUGAGGGACCUAAAGGAGACAAGGGCGAUACUGGCUCACAAGGCCCGAAAGGCGAUACUGGAGCCCAGGGAACUCAGGGAAUCAAGGGGGACAUCGGUGCUCAGGGCCCUCAAGGUGUCAAGGGGGACAUUGGACUCCAGGGCGUAAAGGGCGACGCUGGCUCACAGGGCAUCAAAGGCGAUACUGGCCCCCAGGGUCUCAAGGGAGAUCCUGGUGUACAAGGCCCCAAGGGAGAUGCCGGUGUGCAGGGCUUGAAGGGGGAUACUGGUGCUCAAGGCCCAACUGGUAGUGCUGGCGCCCAAGGUCCAAAAGGCGAUACUGGCUCUCAAGGCAUACAGGGAGUAGCUGGUGACAAGGGGGAAAUUGGCCCGCAAGGCACCCAGGGUCUAACUGGCCCGAAAGGCGACGUAGGUCCUCAAGGGCUUCAAGGCCUAACUGGCCCGAAAGGAGAUAUUGGUUCUCAAGGCCCUCAAGGUCUGACUGGCUCUCAAGGUCCGGCCGGAAUAGCUGGCGCCAAAGGCGAUACUGGACUAACAGGCUCAAAGGGCGAUACUGGGUUACAAGGCAUACAAGGGCCUGCAGGCCCGAAGGGUGACACCGGAGCCGCUGGUAUCAAGGGGGACAUUGGUGCACAGGGCCCCCAAGGCUUGACUGGUCUGAAAGGCGAUACCGGUGCUCAAGGCCCAAUAGGCUUGAAAGGUGAUACUGGCAUCCAGGGCCUGACUGGACAGAAAGGAGAUACCGGUUCACAAGGCGUCAAGGGUGACACGGGCGAGCAGGGUCUUAUCGGCCCAACUGGUUCAUCAGGACCAAAGGGCGAUACUGGCGCGCAAGGCGCUCAAGGACCCAUUGGUUUGCAAGGUCCUCAAGGUUUAGCUGGCCCCAAGGGAGAUACUGGCGCUCAAGGAGUCCAGGGCUUAGCAGGUGUAAAGGGUGACACGGGCAUCCAGGGCCCUACCGGCCUAACUGGCCCAACAGGUCCUAAAGGCGACACUGGCUCGCAGGGCCUUCAAGGCGCGGCUGGUGUCAAAGGUGACACUGGGGCUGCUGGUCCUAAAGGUGAUGUUGGUGUCCAAGGUGCCACCGGUGCCACCGGUGUGAAAGGAGACACCGGCACUCAAGGACCGAAGGGGGAUACGGGUGAGAGGGGGAUUCAGGGUGUUGCCGGUGUGAAGGGUGAUACAGGAGCGACUGGUCCCAGAGGCGACACUGGUGCGGCCGGACCCCAAGGCCUAGUAGGUCCAACAGGCAAUACCGGUCCUCAGGGGCCUACUGGACCAACAGGUGCCGUUGGAGCAACCGGCGCGACUGGUGCUCAAGGCUUGAAGGGAGACACCGGAGCUGCGGGGCCGACUGGACCGACCGGGCCGACCGGAGCAACGGGGGCAGUCGGCGCUACUGGAGCCACUGGAGCAACCGGCCCUCAAGGUGCCAAGGGUGAUUCCACCACCUCCUCCUACGCGGCCACUUACGACUACCUCGGAUGCUUCCCCUCCAACUUAGUCAAUGGAAAAUGGGGAUUUGACGGCACUGUUUACACCCAGACUUUGACAGGAACAAUCGACGACUGCGCCGCUUACUGCACCACUGUCCAAGGCACCGGUGCUCCCGCCCAGUUCUUUUCGCUGGGAACAGUAGGAGCGAUUGGUGUACUUGGAUACCAGUGUACCUGUGGAAACGCCUUUCCAGCCAGCACCACUGCCGACGAGAAGAGGAACACUUGCAACAGUCCAUGCAGGGUGGGCACUGGUGGCCGCACUAUUUACUGCGGUGCCGCGUUGGGCACUAUGGUGUCGGUCUUUGCCGCGGUUUAG